UGGUUUGGACGGGGGGAAAUCCUUAACUGAAUUGCGUCAUGACUACGUCAAUAAACUCUCAUUCAUGACGAUCAGGUACCACGAUAGCCGCCAUAUUCGCAUCCAUGGCAGGGUAGCGGUGCUUAUCGGCGAGCGUGUGGUCCAGUCAUCGAGAUCAGCUUUUCCUCCGCACCGACCCCCCUGAUCCCACCCAGCCACGCAGCCUGGUAUCUGAUCAUCAAAGCAGAAGAGCCGGACUUCCACAGACGGGGAGACAUGAGACGUGGAGCGGGGGUUUAGGUGGACUACGAUGCCGUAGACUUGGACUAGGAAUCCUGGCACAAGAUGGAGGUAAACAGCGUUAGUAGUGAGGUCAAUGGGCAUCAGAUCAUGGACGAGCCUAUGGAGGAGGACGAGUCUUUCUCACACUGUGAUGAAGGGACAUAUAAGGAGAUUCCUAUCACCCACCAUGUGAAAGAAGGCUGUGAGAAAGCAGAUCCAUCUCAGUUUGAACUGCUAAAAGUCCUCGGCCAGGGCUCGUUUGGCAAGGUUUUCCUUGUCAGGAAGAUCAUAGGUCCAGAUGCUGGGCAGUUAUAUGCAAUGAAAGUUCUAAAAAAGGCAUCGUUGAAAGUCAGGGACAGAGUUCGCACUAAGAUGGAACGAGACAUUUUAGUGGAAGUCAAUCAUCCCUUCAUAGUGAAGUUGCACUACGCCUUUCAGACGGAAGGGAAACUGUAUUUAAUACUGGACUUUCUCAGGGGAGGGGAUGUAUUCACUCGCUUAUCCAAAGAGGUUAUGUUUACAGAGGAAGAUGUGAAAUUCUACCUUGCAGAGCUGGCCCUGGCCCUCGACCAUCUGCACAGCCUGGGCAUAGUUUACAGAGAUCUCAAGCCAGAGAACAUCUUACUUGAUGAAGCUGGACACAUAAAGUUAACAGACUUUGGCUUGAGUAAAGAGUCAGUAGAUGCUGAUAAGAAGGCUUAUUCCUUUUGUGGUACGGUGGAGUAUAUGGCCCCUGAGGUGGUCAACAGGAGAGGACACACGCAGAGUGCCGACUGGUGGUCUCUGGGAGUACUUAUGUUUGAGAUGCUAACAGGGACGUUACCAUUCCAGGGGAAAGACCGCAAUGAGACCAUGAACAUGAUUCUCAAAGCUAAGUUGGGAAUGCCCCAGUUCCUCAGUUUGGAGGCUCAGAGUUUGUUAAGAAUGCUGUUUAAACGUAACCCUGCUAACAGACUAGGAGCCGGGUCUGAUGGAGUGGAGGAGAUCAAACGCCACGCUUUCUUCUCCACCAUCGACUGGAAUAAACUGUUCAGGAGAGAGUUGCAGCCCCCCUUCAAGCCCGCUGCAGGUAAACCAGAUGACACGUUCUGCUUUGACCCAGAGUUCACAGCUAAGACGCCUAAAGACUCCCCAGGUAUCCCUCCCAGUGCUAACGCCCACCAGCUCUUCAAAGGCUUCAGCUUCGUGGCUCCAACCCCUAUGGACGAUAACAAGAGCUCACCGCUGCUCAGCAUACUCCCUAUAGUUCAGAUGCACGGGGGCUCGGCCAAGUUCUCUGAUCUGUAUGAGCUCCAGGAGGACAUAGGGGUCGGCUCCUACUCCAUUUGUAAACGCUGUGUACACCGAGUCUCUGCCAUGGACUAUGCUGUGAAGAUUAUAGACAAAAUAAAGAGGGACCCCUCUGAAGAGAUUGAAAUCCUGAUGCGAUACGGACAGCAUCCCAACAUCAUUACUCUGAAAGACGUGUAUGAUGAGGGCCGGUAUGUGUACCUGGUGACGGAGCUGAUGAAAGGAGGGGAACUGCUGGACAAAAUCCUCAGACAGAAGUUUUUCUCUGAGAGAGAGGCCAGUGCUGUGCUCUACACCAUCACCAAGACUGUUGACUACCUCCACUGCCAAGGGGUGGUACACCGAGACCUGAAGCCCAGUAACAUCCUCUACAUGGAUGACUCUGGAAAUCCUGAUUCGAUCAGGAUCUGUGACUUUGGAUUCGCAAAGCAGCUCCGAGGAGGCAACGGCCUGCUCCUCACCCCCUGUUACACCGCCAACUUCGUGGCUCCAGAGGUACUAAUGCGUCAAGGUUACGACGCAGCCUGUGAUAUCUGGAGUCUCGGAGUUCUACUGUAUACCAUGCUGGCAGGGUACACGCCGUUUGCUAAUGGACCCAACGACACACCAGAGGAGAUUCUACUGCGGAUAGGAUCUGGGAAGUUCCUCUUGAAAGGAGGCAACUGGGAUACUGUAUCAGACAGCUCAAAGGACCUACUUUCACACAUGCUCCAUGUGGACCCUCACCAGCGAUACACUGCAGAGCAGGUUUUAAAGCAUUCCUGGAUCACCUGCAGAGAUACGCUACCACACUUCCAGCUCACGCGGCACGACGCGCCACACCUCGUCAAGGGAGCCAUGGCUGCCACAUACUCUGCACUGAGCCAGAAGACCAAUCAGCCGGUGUUGGAGCCCGUGGCAGCAUCCAGUCUAGCCCAGAGACGCAGCAUGAAGAAACUCACCUCAACAGACAUGUAGACACACACAUCACCACCCCUCCACCUUUUUGACCUCGCUCUCAGUCGGACUCGCAAACGCAAACAAAGACCGAAGUCCUGGCCAGUCAGACCUACUGUCUCCCUCCUUUUU